AUGUCACGUCUCUUCCCCAAUAUGAUUAACCUGGUUGCGAUGAACGAGCUUGCAUUCCUUCUCGAGAAUAACUCUAAGCAGCUUCAAAGGGUAGACCUGACGGCAGAACAAGCCAGAACAAAUAUUGACAAGAUGUAUAUCCACCUUGGAGAACUCAGAUCAUCCGAAGAGUUUGAGCAUCUAUUUGCGAAAGCAGAGAAGAAAACAGGAUUGCAACAAGAUGACAUACAACGAUCAACUCUGAUCGAGGUAUCGAAGUGA